AGGGACAGAGCUCCGGCUACUGCUGACCCACUCGGACCCAGACCUAGACCCAACCCGGCUCUAGACGGCGCCCGCCAUGCGGGGCCCGAGUGUGGCUCUGUGGCUCUUCCUGGCUCUGCGCACUGCGCUCAGCGGGAUGGAGGUGCGGUGGUGCUCCACCUCAGACCCGGAGCAGCAGAAGUGCAGCGACAUGAGCAAGGCCUUCCAGGGAGCUGGGAUCCAGCCCUCCCUGCGGUGCGUCCAGGGCGCCUCCGCCGACCACUGCAUCCAGCUCAUCAUGGCUGGGGAGGCAGAUGCCAUCACUCUGGACGGAGGAGCCAUUUAUGAGGCGGGGAAGGAGCAUGGCCUGAAGCCCGUGGUGGGUGAAGUGUAUGAUCAAGAGGUUGGUACCUCCUACUAUGCGGUAGCCGUGGUCAAGAGGAGCUCCAACCUGACCAUCACCACCCUGAAGGGCGUGAAGUCCUGCCACACGGGCAUCAACAGGACGGUGGGCUGGAACGUGCCCGUGGGCUACCUGGUGGAGAGCGGCAGCCUCUCGGUGAUGGGCUGCGACGUGCUCAGAGCUGUCAGCGAGUAUUUUGGGGGCAGCUGUGUCCCGGGGGCAGGAGAGACCAGUUACUCCAAGUCCCUCUGCCGCCUCUGCCGGGGCAACGCGGCUGGGGAGGGCGUGUGUGACAAGAGCCCCCUGGAGAGGUACUACGACUACAGCGGGGCCUUCCGGUGCCUGGCGGAAGGGGCCGGGGACGUGGCCUUUGUGAAGCACAGCACGGUGCUGGAGAACACGGACGGAAAAACCCUGCCCUCCUGGGGCCAGGCGCUGCUGUCACAGGACUUUCAACUGCUGUGCCUGGAUGGCAGCCGGGCCGACGUCACUGAAUGGAGACACUGUCACCUGGCCCAGGUGCCCGCUCAUGCCGUGGUCGUCCGGGCUGACACAGAUGGAGGCCUCAUCUUCCGGCUGCUCAACGAAGGCCAGCGUCUGUUCAGCCAUGAGAACAGUAGUUUCCAGAUGUUCAGCUCUGAGGCCUAUGGCCAGAAGAACCUGCUAUUCAAAGACGCCACCUCUGAGCUGGUGCCCAUCGCCACACAGACCUACGAGGCAUGGCUGGGCCCUGAGUACCUGCGUGCCAUGAAGGGUCUCCUCUGUGACUCCAACCGGCUGCCCCGCUACCUGCACUGGUGUGUGCUGUCCACUCCUGAGAUCCAGAAGUGUGGGGACAUGGCUGUGGCCUUCAGCCGGCAGAGGCUCAGGCCGGAGAUCCAGUGCGUGUCGGCCGAGUCCCCCCAGCACUGCAUGGAACGGAUCCAGGCUGGGCAAAUCGACGCCGUGACCUUGAGGGGUGAGGACAUUUACACAGCGGGGAAGGCGUACGGCCUGGUUCCGGCGGCCGGCGAGCAGUACGCCCCGGAGGACAGGAGCAACUCGUACUUCGUGGUGGCCGUGGUGAAGCGGAACAGCUCCGACGCCUUCAGCCUGAACGAGCUGCGGGGCAAGCGCUCCUGCCACUCGGCCCUCGGCAGCCCCGCCGGCUGGGACAUCCCCGUGGGCGCCCUCGUGCGGAGGGGCUUCAUCCAGCCCAGGGACUGCGACGUGCUCACAGCCGUGAGCGAGUUCUUCAGUGCCAGCUGCGUGCCCGUGAACAACCCCGGGCGCUACCCGUCUUCGCUGUGUGCGCUCUGCGUGGGGGACGAGCAGGGCCGCAACAAGUGUGUGGGCAACAGCCAGGAGAGGUACUUCGGCUACCGCGGCGCCUUCAGGUGCUUGGCUGAGAAUGCGGGGGACGUCGCCUUUGUCAAGCACACGACUGUCUUUGACAACACAGAUGGCCACAAUUCGGAGCCCUGGGCUGCUGAGCUCCGGUCGGAGGACUAUGAGCUGCUGUGUCCCAAUGGGGCCCGGGCCGAGGUGUUUCAGUUCAAAGACUGCAACCUGGCACAGAUGCCGGCCCACGCCGUCAUGGUGCGGCCGGACACCAACAUCUUUGCCGUGUAUGGACUGCUGGACAAGGCCCAGCUGGACCACUCUCAUGCUGCUAUUUCUACCAUCUUUAAAAAGAAACAAAAAACCUCUCUUGGUCUCACAUCCCUUUGUAGCCAUAAUCCCACUGCCCUUUACAGCAAAACUCCUUCAAAGCGUUGUCUCUGCUCUGGAGCCACCACUCCUCCCCUUCUGGGCUCCCUUAAGGAUGGAGACUACUCCACACCAGCCCACCCGGCCCGGAACCGCCCUGGUCGAGGGCACAGGGACCCAGGUGGCUACGUCCAGUGGCCGUUUCGCAGCCUCAUCUCCCUGACCUCUCCACAGCACUGGGGCCUGUUUGGAGAUGACCACAAUAAGAACGGGUUCAAAAUGUUCGACUCCUCCGACUAUCAUGGCCAAGAUCUGCUUUUCAAGGACGCCACCAUCCGGGCGGAGCCUGUGCGGGAGAGAACCACCUACCUCGAGUGGCUGGGCCCCGACUAUGUGGCGGCUCUGGAAGGGAUGCUGGCUCAGCAGUGCUCGCGUGCAGCUUCUGAUAUCCGCAGAAACCCCCAACUCGGCAGAAUUCCACUCUAUAUUCUCUACUGUGGCCAACUUCGGGAUGAAGCGAAGGGCCUGGUGACUUACCAAGUAGGACAUUCUUAG